UUUUUGCACAAAUGGCUAAUAUUGUGAAUGCUUCGCCAAUUGCAUUCACAAAAUACCCUUCUUUUUCAUUACUUAAUUAUCAACCAAUUAUUUCUUCCAAAAUUUCCUAUAAAUCUUUGAAAAAUGAAACAAAAAGAAGGAUUUUUUUAGCUCCUCCCUUAGCUUACAAGAAGUUGAAUUGUGAAGAUAUUAAUGUUGAUUUAAAAAUAGUUGAAUUAGAAAAAGAAGAAAAUGAAGUGGAAGAAAUGUCUUUUACUAAUGAGACAUUCUUGUAUUCUUACAAUCCUUUGCCAUUGAUGUUUGUUGCUGCUCUUCCUGGAGCUGGAACUAUAAGGUCUCUAUUUGGGCCAUUUGUUGAGCUUGUAAAAUCAUGGAACUUACCUGAUUGGCUUGUACAUUGGGGACAUCCUGGUAACAUGGCUGUUGUGCUCUUUGCUAUGGGUGGUUAUGGAACUUACCUUGGUUUUCGGAUACGAUUUUCUAAUGAUGUGGAGGAAAAGGCGAAAGCUAAAGAUUUGCAUCCAAAACUUCUAGGAGGAAUGUUCUUCUUCUUUGCUCUUGGAGCUACUGGUGGAAUAACAUCCCUGCUUACUUCAGAUAAGCCUAUUCUUGAAAGUCCUCAUGCUGUUACAGGUUUUAUCGGCCUUACCCUUUUGACUAUACAAACCAUUUUGCCUACACUAUUCGAGGGAAAUUCCGGAUUGAGGAAUGUUCACGGGAUAUUGGGAAGUGGUAUAAUGACAUUGUUCCUCGUACACGCGUUCCUCGGACUUCAGCUUGGUUUAAGUUACUAAAACUAGUCAAUUCAUGAUGAACGACGAAGAAUAUACUGUUGGGAUAUACUCUUUUUUUUUUGGUUUCGAUAAAUGUUCUAUUUAGAGCUGAGAAAAAUUUACUG